CUGGCAAUCGAUUACGGGAUCAAGUUUUUAGAAACCAGCGCAAAGUCUGGCAUCAACGUGGAGGAGGCCUUUUUCACACUCGGCAGAGACAUCAUGAGCAGACUAAACAGAAAAAUGAACGACAGCAACCCGCCAGGAGGAGGCGGGCCCGUUAAAAUCACAGAGUCUCGCUCUAAAAAGAGCUUCUUCAGGUGUAUGCUGCUGUAGACGGAGCCUCCUCUUCCUCCUCUUCCUCCUCUUCCUCUCGCCGCAGGAGGAGGAUCAAACCUGUGGAAACACGUCUUCAGGAAAGUUUCUCUGCUUGUCAAUCAGCUCAAAUCUUCCAGCACGCCUCCUCUUCCUCCUCCUCCUCCUCCUCGUUAACUCUGGCUGCUGUCAGCUCAGCAGGAGUUUCGGCAGCGUGAUGAAACGUUUUUCUAAGAAAGAAAGCGAUGAUGAUGAUGAUGAUGACGAUGACGAUGAUGAUGAAGAGCAGCGCUGAUACGGAGUCCUGAUGAUGUCUAACGUGUUUUUCAUAUUUUAAUUUAAAUGUUUUAAUGUUUCUAAAACUGACUUUUAGUCCAAAGAGUGAAUGUACGGAGGCUCUGCUGAUCAAUACAGUUAUCAGUUAUCAGUUCUGACCCGAUAGAAAACAUUUCACAUUAUUACCAUUUAAUCGUUUAUGUGAAUCAAUUAACAGCAGAGCUCCAAUUAACAAUUGUUUUCAUUAUUGAUUAAUCUGUCAAUCAUCUUCUCCAUUAAUCAAUCAGUUGUUUUGUCUAUAAAAUGUCAAAUGUUCAGUUUCCACACUGAGAAUCUGAAAUCAGAGAAUUUAGACAUUUUUAUUAAAAGAAUUAAAAUUAAAAUAACAGGUGGAGAUUCACUGAAUAUUUAACAACUAAUCAAUUAAUUAACUGAUUGUUGCAGCUCUCAUUAUCAUCAUCAUAUUCAAAUAAAGAGUGCCCAUUAAUAAUUCAUUAAUUGUCUUAAAAUAAUCAAUUGAUUUUUAAAACGUUUAAGAUGUUCUUUCUGUUUUUCCGCCUCGUCUUCAAUGUGUCUACUGCUACGAAAUAUUGAUUUCACAUCAAUAUUCAAUAAUGAAUGAUUCUGUUGGUGCCUCCUUUAAAAAAAAAACAAAUAUAUUAGAAAUAUAUAAAAUGUACUAGUAUCGGCCACAGAGGCUCUCUGAUAAUCAAUGUUGGUAUUGAUCUGCUCCUUCGACCUCCAUGUUUGUGUCUGAUGAAACUCACGUCUUGUUUUAUUUAUUCACUCUUCUUCUUCUGUGGUGUUUUAGGACCAAUCAGCUGAUUUUAACUUCAGAAUAUACAGAUAUAUAUUUAUAUAUAUAUCUAUAUAUAUAUAUAUAUAUUUAAAUUAAUAUAUCAUAUAUUUAUAUAUAUAAAUAUAUAGAUAUAGUUGUAUUUAUACACACACAUACGUGUGUUACUGUCAGUAAAGUAAAACUGUCUGUGAGGAAACUGAACUUAAAAAUAAAUACGUUCAUAUAUAAUAAUAAAAUCAUUUUAUUUUAAGAUAAAAUGAUUUAAUAAAAUGAGACGUUAGAAUGUGAAUCUGUGAGGCAUUCAAUGUCUCCUCGUGUUUCUGAAAAAUGAAGUGAUGAGCUGCAGAUAAUCAGUUAUUAAUGAAGUUAUUGAUGCUUUUCUAUAUUUUUGUAUUCAAUCUUUCUUUGAAACCACUCGACGCUUAACGUUUUUAUUUUUAACAUUUUAGAGGAUUUUAGAGAGAAAACUGUUGUUUGAAUUCUUAUUUUUGUAUAAUUCUGAAAUAUUUCAGUCUUUUAAGAUUUUUAUUCAUAUUCAGCUUUUGUGUUUGAGCCACCGGAAGAAUUAUAGAUUAAUUAGAAUAAGUGUUAAUUAAUUGGUUCAGUUGGUAUGAUACAUUUAUAAACUUAAAGUUAAAUAAAUUAAUGAUUUUAUUUACGUUUCAUUUAUAUUUAUUUGUUUUGAGUUUAUCAAUGCAUCAUUUAAAUGAGAAUUUAAAGUGCAGGCAGUUAUUAACUGACUGUCAGACACAUUUAUCAAUAAAUAUUAAUAUAAUCAAUAAGGCUGCCUCGGUUCAGAGACACAAUCAAUAUUUUAUCACUUGAUUUUUACAGUGUUGUUGUUCUGACAACGUUUUGUUUACAGACUCACUGCUGCAGUAUUAUUAUUGAUUAUUGAUUAUUAUUCGAUAUUGAUCUCUCCUCCCGCUGCACUUUAUGUUCUGUGUUUGUUCUUCUGAUUAAAAGGUGCUUCAACCAUCUGAACUUUGAGCAGAAAAAGAUCAAUUUCACCAUUUCAAACAAAUCUACCUGAUCAAUUUUUAUAAUUUAAUCGUAUUCUGGCUGAUGAUCAAUAUCUGACGAUCAAUAUGACCUCACAGCUGUUUGUAUGUUUCACUAUUUAGAAUGUCCUCAAAAUGGUGAAAGAUCAAUUCAAUUAAUGAUAAUUAUUAACAACAUAAAAUCAAUCAAAUUAUUGAUUAUUCAUUUUCAACACGACAUCACUUCCUGUGUCAUAAACAAAAUCAGGAAGAUUUUGUUCAAUCAGAAGAAACUUUUAUUUGAAAUAUCAAUAAUCAAUCAUCAAUAACCGAUAAUCAUUCAUGUGUGAAGAAUAAAACUGAUAAUCUUUGUUUCUGUGGUUUUGGAAUAGUUUUUUAUCAUUUCACUGCUUUUCUGUCAGUUUGUGUUAAAACGUGUUUUUGAAUGAAGUUUGUUUUUGUUUGUUAGCACUUUGUAACUUUGCUAAAAGCGCUAUGCAAAAAUACAUUUAUUAUGCUUAUUAUUAUUGGUUUUUGUUACUGAACUCAUUGAUCUAUCACAUGUAUUGAUCCCCAGAAACGAUCAGCGCUGCAUACAGAUAUUAAAAGGAACAUUUUUGAGAAAAAAAUACAUUUUUUACUUCAAUCUCAGAAUUGUUCAGAUAUUUCUUUCUCUCUUUUUACACAUAAAACUUUCUUUAGAGGUUUUCUGUUUAUAUCUACUGUAUAUACACAUUGUAUAUUAUAAAUACAGAAGUGAAACACAAAACUACAGUGAAAGUGACUCAUCUGUUGGUUUGUUUUCAUCAGGACGUUUAGGUGAAUAAAAACAGAUGAAGGCUCCAAAUUAAAAGAGGAACUGGAUGUUUUUUUCAGCUUUGAAAGUUUUUUAGAACAAAACAAAUUUUUGUGUCAGAACGGUUCAUGUGUGUAAAAACAGAGAUAUUCUGAUCAAUACUGGAUCAAUAACUGAGAACACUGCAGUGACCUUUGACCUCUCUUUAAUGCUUCAGUUUGUCUUCCAUUUCCUGUUCUGUGAUGUCAUCACAGUCAGCGGAUCGUAUAAUAAAAAACUUUUUCUAUCA